AUGUUGUUGCACGUUUGGCUUGGGGUUCUUCUGUUGCACGUCUGCAGCGCCAGCUGUGGACAUGGCAUGUUGUAUCCUCGCGACAGUGAAAGCCGACAGACCAAGCUUCUGGACGGUUUUUGGCAAUUCCGCGCCGAUACAUCCCCCGCUCGGAACCAGGGCUUUCUGGAACAAUGGUGGACAGACCGUUUGCUAGAGUCAGGCCCAGUGAUUGAUAUCCCAGUGCCUGCCAGCUACAAUGACAUCACAGAAGACAAGAGCCUCAGGGACUUCAUCGGUUGGGCCUGGUACGAUCGAGAGUUCUUCGUCAGCUCAGACUGGGCUUCAAACAAACGUGUUGUCUUCAGAAUUGACAGUGCUCAUUAUAACGCUGUUGUGUGGGUUAAUGGUCUGGAGGUUGUUCGGCAUGAGGGCGGCCACCUUCCCUUUGAGGUAGAGGUUCAGACCGUUCUCAAGUUUAAUGGCCCUAACUAUGUUACUGUGGCGGUCAAUAACACCCUCACACCCGAGACACUGCCACCAGGGGCCAUUCAGUACCAGACUGACACAACAAUGUACCCACCAGGUUAUUUUGUCCAGAACCUCUUCCAGAUGGAUUUCUUCAACUAUGCCGGAAUCCAUCGUCACGUGAGACUGUACACGACCCCACUGGUGUACGUCGAUGACAUUACCAUCCUGACAGAGGUGGACAAUGAGACAGUAGCCUGGGUCAAUUACACAGUGGCCGUGGCAGGUGGAUUCAGCAGCCAGGUGGAGGUGACAGUGGAGGACGCCAAUCAUCAUGUAGUUGCCAGCAGUAACACCCUGACUAAUGUUCUGGCCAUCCCCUACCCGACUCUGUGGUGGCCGGUAGGGAUGAACAGCACAGUUGGUUACAUGUACACACUCAAGGUGAAUGUGUCGGGAGAUAUCUACCGUCAGCCUUUUGGAAUCAGAACUGUCAGAGUGACGGAAGACCAGUUUCUCAUCAACGAGAAACCUUUCUACUGUCUGGGUGUUGGCAAACAUGAGGACGCAGAUUUCCGUGGGAGAGGCUUGGACUACACACUGAUCGCCAAAGACUUCAACAUGCUGAGAUGGCUGGGGGUCAACUGCAUAAGAACCUCCCACUACCCAUACGCGGAGGAGAUCAUGGACUUUGCUGACAGGCAAGGGGUCGCAGUUAUCGACGAGAGCCCGGGGGUUAGCAUCAUAAAUGUCAACAACUUUGGCAACGUGUCUCUGCAGCAUCAUCUAGACGUGAUGUCCGAACUGAUCCGCCGUGACAAAAAUAAACCUUCGGUCAUCAUGUGGUCAGUUGCCAAUGAACCAGCCAGUGACCUUGACAUCUCUGUACCAUACUUCAAAACCAUCUUAGAUUUCACUAAAGCCAGUGAUCCUGCCCAUCGACCAACUACCUUUGUAUCGUACAAGCCUUUUGAGACUGAUAAAGUGGUAAAGUUCGCUGAUGUGAUCUGCCUCAACCACUACUACGGCUGGUACACAGACUCUGGUCACCUGGAGGUCAUUCGCUACCAGCUUCGUCGGGAGUUUGCUGGCUUCAGGAAACUCUACAAGAAACCAAUUCUCUUCACGGAGUAUGGGGUGGACACCAUACCAGGGCUUCAUAUGAACCCCUCAUUUGUGUUCAGUGAAGAGUUCCAGGUCAGCUACCUGCAUGAGCACCACAAAGUGUUCGAUGAAGCUCGACAACAAUAUCUCAUCGGAGAGAUGGUCUGGAACUUUGCUGACUUUGCCACCAUUGAAG